AAAAACAAGAAGCCCAGAAAACAAAAGGAGCAGCUUCGAUUCGAGAUCGCGGCGCCAUCGACCAUGCAGCUCAAGAAUCGCCGCGAAGCCGUGACGGCGACAGUGCUCGUGGCCGUAUCAGUCCUGGCGACCCUGGCGCGCACCGACGGCGCCCUCUGCGACAAGUCCGACAAGGCAGCCUUGCUUGCCGUGAAGUCGGCGCUGGGCAACCCACUGGCGCUCUCCGGCUGGAACUCCACCGUGGCCUGCUGCUCCUGGGAGGGCAUCUCCUGCAACGCCACCACCGGCCGCGUCACCGACCUGACCGUCUUCGCGCUCAACAUCUCGGCGCCGGUCCCGGCCGCCAUCGCCAACCUCACCGCGCUGCAGAGCGUCAACCUGGCCUACAACCAGCUGUACGGCAGCAUCCCGGCGUUCCUGGGCCCGCGCGCGCUGCCGGACCUCACCUUCCUCCGCCUCGACGGCAACCGGCUCUCGGGCGCCAUCCCGCCCACGGCGACCGUCUUCAACCUCCUCCUCGUCGGCAACCGCCUCACGGGGCCGAUCCCGGCCGCCUUCGCCGGCGCGGCGUUCGGCGACGUGGAGCUCUCGGACAACCAGCUCACGGGCGACGCGUCGGCGCUGUUCGGCGCCGAGAAGCCGCUGAACGCGCUGUCCCUGUCGCGCAACCGGUUCAGGUUCGACCUCGGCCGCGUGGAGCUGCCGGAGGCGAUGGACAUCCUGGAGAUCGACCACAACAUGGUGUACGGGAGCAUCCCGGCCGCCGCGGCGGAGAGGAAGUGGCUGGCGUUCGACGUCAGCUACAACCAGCUGUGCGGGCCCAUACCGCAGGGGCGGUACACGCACCGGUUCGGGGCCAAGCACUUCGCUGGCAACAAGUGCCUCUGCGGCCGCCCGCUCCCGCCGUGCGCUUAUUAGAAGAAGGCCGGAACAGUACAUUCAUACUAGUAUAAUAGCUUUAUUAUUGGAAUAAUGAUCCUCCGUGCUGCUGUACUCGAACGUUUUGUAAUCUUGAAGCGAGCCAUUAUUAAGAUAUCCUGUGGC